CAGCAUUGUACUUUUUGACGUUGACUCUCCAGCAUCUGCAGUCCUCACUUUGACGUCAAUGUCUGACAGUCGCUCAAUCCAUCAGGGCAGCAACAAUUUUCAACUAUGAUUCUGUGAGAAGGAGCAAAGCCUUUUGGUUCCUGUUUGAGUACAUUUUCAGCAUCAGUGGGACUGGAUGAGAGAUCCCUCUGUUGCAGUGCACUGAGUGUGGAGUGUGUAACAGCUAUACGCCCUAGAAGAAUUCACAGCAGGGAGGGGCUGGACACGUGUUUGUAUGCAGCUGAAGCUUAGGCCAUGGAGAAACCUGAGGAAUUCCUUCCUGUGGAGAAACCAUGGAAGUGUGGCAACUGUGGGAAAGGCUUUCGUGCCCCAUCUGCCCUGGAGACUCAUCAGCGCAGCCACACUGGGGAGAGGCCGUUCUCCUGCCCUGUCUGUGGGAGGGCCUUCAGCGAUUACUCUAACCUGAUGACCCACCAGCGCAUCCACACUGGGGAGAAGCCGUUCUCCUGCCCCAAGUGCGGGAAGGCCUUCAGCAAUUCCUCCGCCCUGCUCACCCACCAGCAGAUCCACAUGGGGGAGAAGCCCUUCAGCUGCCCAGAGUGCGGGAAGGCCUUCAGCAGUUCCCCCAACCUGCUGAGGCACCAACGGGUCCACAGAGGCGAAAGGCCCUUCAGCUGCCCCGAGUGUGGGAAGAGCUUUACCCAGGCCUCCACCCUGCUGACCCACCGGCGAAUCCACACCGGGGAGAGGCCCUUCAGCUGCCCUGAGUGCGGGAAGACUUUCAGUGAUUCCUCCAACCUGCUGACCCACCGGCAGGUCCACACGAGGGAGAGGCCCUUCAGCUGCCCCGAGUGCGGGAAGGCCUUCAGCAAGUCCUCUGACCUGCUCAAGCACCAGCGGAUCCACACGGGGGAGAAGCCCUUCAGUUGCCCCGAUUGUGGGAAGGCCUUCAGCAAUUCCUCCCACCUGCAGACCCACCAGCGGGUCCACACCGGGGAGAGGCCGUUCUCCUGCCCCGAGUGCGGGAAGACCUUCAGCAAUUCCUCCAACCGGCUGAAGCACCAGCGAGUCCACACAGGGGAGAGGCCCUUCAGCUGCCCCGAGUGCGGGAAGACCUUCAGCGAUUCCUCUGACCUGCUGAAGCACCAGCGGGUCCACACCGCGGAGAGGCCAUUCACCUGCUCUCAGUGCAGGAAGGGCUUCACCCGCUCCUCCCACCUCCAGCGGCACCAGCGAGUUCAUGUGCCACUGCAGGGGGAUUGAAGGAGCGACGGCUGAGUGCCAUUAUUGACUGGAGUAUCAACCCAGUUCCAGGGACUCUCGGGUUUGAAUCCCGCUGCGGCAGAUGGUGGGAUACAGGGCAUGGGUUGAAAUUGGUAGGUGAGGCAAUACUUCCUCUGGGUUACAGUGGAUCUAAUUACAAAGGGAUGUCUUGGUACUGAGCAAUAGUAAAGAAAAUGAAGUGGGGGUGGGGUGGCGGGGGGAUUGGUGCAUUUGUGCUUUGACCUUGUUUCAAAAGCAGCUACAUUUUCUACACCUUUUUGCUGGGGUGAUCUGAAGCUGUAACAAAGUUGGGUCACAAUAAAG